GGCGGCGGCGGCGGCGGUUGCAGGUCUGUGGUCCAGGGUGGGAGGCGAGGAGGAGGAGCAGUUGCUGCCGCCGCCAGCACCGCCGGGUUCUCGUGUUGCGCGUCUCGAGGGCAGAAGAGUCGAAGACUCUGCAGCUCUAUCUUACAUUGCCUCCUCCUCCCCAGCCUGCCUCACUGUAGCCAUGAAAGAGAUGAGGUAGCCGCCCUUGAGCGUGCUAGAAUCUAACUUCAGAUGGAUGCAAAAUAUAAAGACGAUGUAUUUAGGAAGUAUGUACAGUUUCAUGAAUCCAAACUGAAUACCUCUGACAAGAAGCAGCACUCAGUUAGUGAUGAGUGUCUACAAGUGACAGCUUCAACCUUACUCUGUUUUCCCAAGAUUGAUCCCUUCCACAGAUUCCGGCUGAUAAAAUUUUAUGAGAUAGUUGAAAAUUCACUUAGGUCCUUGAAAUCUUCAAGUUUGCGUUCACUCCAAAAAGCAUUUGGUGUUCUGGAAUCAGUUGGAGUUAAUCUUUUUCUUUACCCUUGGAAGAAGGAAUUCAAAAAUAUAAAGACUUACACAGGACCUUUUGUUUAUUAUGUAAAGUCUACAAUACCAGAUGAGGAUAUAAGACAGAUACUUAACUCAAUGGGAUACAUCCAAGAACUUGGAACUAUGUAUAAACUCAAAGACAUGGUUGAUACCCUCCAGGUCAAGAUGGUAUCAUUUGAACUUUUCUUGGCCAAAUUAGAGUGUGAACAAUUGAUUGAAAUUCAUUUGCAAGUGAAAGAUAAAGGUUAUACAGAACUUGAUAUUGUAAAUGAAAGAAAGAAUAGCAGUGAUGUCCGAGGCUGCUCAGAUGCCUUGAAGCGUCGUGCAGAAUGCAAAGAAAAUCUAAACACUUCCAUGUCACGAAUGGUACUUCAGAAAUCUGCAAGUGAGAGAGGUUGUAAAGAUUACUUCAAACCCAAAGUUAGCAAAGCUUCUAAAUCAGUGGAUGCCUAUGAUAGUUACUUGGAAAAUAAGAAGCCACCUUUGAUGACAUCCUUGAGUCUCAGAAAAGAACCCAUUUUGGUUGAUACUGAAGAUGACAUUAAAGAUGAAAUAAUUCGUCCUUCGCCAUCCCUCCUUGCCAUGUCAAGUUCUCCGCAUGGAUGUUCUGAUGAAUAUUUGCCAGUUUCAUCCCAUACCAAUGGCAUAUUAAGAACGGGUAUUCCAUACAGUACUUACUAUUCCCCUCAAGACGAUUUAGAUUUAUAUACUGACUCUGAUUCUAGAAGUAUGUUCAAGAGACAAGAACCCCCUAAACAUGAUGUAUGGCUGCUAAAGAACGAUGCCAACCCGACUUACCAUAAACGUACACAUCUAGCCAAAGAUACCACUUCCCUUAAGUGCCAAAACUGUGGAUUAUCUUGCGGCACCUCCAUUUGCCAAAAGUGCGACAACUUGCUCAUCUGCAGGCAGGAAUAUCCACCAAUGAAGCAGAGCAGCUAUUCACUCAAAACUCUUGGAAGUGAAGGCAUAUCUUCUGGGUCGGUGAUAAGGGAGAAGCCUCAGUACAUGUUGCAGACUCAAGAGCGAGUGUCUCAGUACAGUUCAAAAUCGAAGCCUUCAGGCUCUUCACGCUGUGGAUUUUGCAACAGACCAGGAGCUACAAACACAUGCACUUUUUGUUCAAAAGUUUCCUGCGAUUCUUGCCUCACUGCUUACUAUUAUGAUCCCUGCUGUCGAAAAAGUGAGCUUCAUAGGUUCUUGCCAAACAAUCAGUUAAACUAUAAAUCAAACCAGCUACCACACAUGGUUUAUAGAUAGACCUUUAUUUUUAUCUUUUGGUUUUUUGGAAAUCUUAUGAUUUGGGACAAAAGGGCUAAAAACACAAAACAUUCUGACGUUGCUAGAAGUAUCCUACUGACCUCUUAGGAGAAAUAAAAAUGUAGACAUGCCCUAACAUUGGACAUAUACAUCUUAACAUAGUGCCAGUCUUCAAUGAUGUGACUUUACUAAUGUUGUCUAUUCAAUAGUUGACACUGCUGCUACUGUUUUAGGUGAAUCUUAGCUGCUUUUCUGUUCUAGAUGGGGGAGAGGAGCAUUUUUUUUCUUUUUAGAAGCAGGCAAGCAUUGCAAUUCAUUUUUUUCUAAAGAGACAUCACAUGUCUGUGCUUUGUGGCUAUCACACUGCCUCAUCCACAUAACACAGCACCAGAGUAGUAACUAGAAAGAUGACCAAGAAACUAAGAACAGCAUUUUCAGUGAAUUGUGAAAUUGUCUGUUUUGGUAACUUGCACGGAAUAUUCCUUUGUGUUUGCCAAAAAAGUGAUUAUUUUUUUUAAAGGGAAAUUAAUAGCAUUACUUAAGCUCCAAAAGGCAAAAGCACCAUUGCAUCUAUUCCUUGUGUCUCUUCUACUUUUCCUUCACCAUCUCAAGCAUAUAAAAUCAAAUUCUAAACUGAAUAUUUGCUUUAUUUUCCGGUGUUGCCAAUACACCUUUACGUGUGUGGUUGUUUUUUUAACUGUUCUAGUAUUAAGAAGUGAAUCAGUAUGUGUUACGUUACGCCUGGAGUGUUCCCAAUGAAUUAUGAUCAGAUUCACCUUCUGUUGCACAUGUAUCAAAUCCAGUUCUUUCUAUUGUAAAUAGGUGAUUUGGAAGCAGAUUAUUUUUUAAUAAAUAUAUUCAGUAUGUUGUGGUUUUUAAAAUAUAUAUAUAUAUAUAUAAGGUCCUGUAAAUGAAGUCUCUGGGUUAUUUUUUCAGGUAACAUUAUUUUUCCUUGUACUGUAUUUCACCUACAGCUUAUUACAGCUGUUGUGAUAGACAGGUGUCCCUCAAAUCCAUUAGUCUCUCUGCUUCUUUCACCUGGUUUGAAAUUCUGCCUCUGGAGCUUUGUCACUUGGCUCCAACCGUUUCAUGCAGAAGUGAAGCUUUCCCUCCUGUAAUGAUUUUUAGCCACAACAAGGAUGUAGAAGAUUCAGCUAUGCAUACAUGCUUUCUCCCAUCCAUGCUCAGGGGAGUGUGUUUGCAUAAAGUACACAGCCACAGCACACUAGAAAUAAUGAUUGUUAAAAUAACAGGGAUUGCACCAUUCCCAGCCAAGUGAAAUUUCUUAAGCCACAAAGGAUAUCAAACUGUCCUUUUUUAAUAAUUCACCCUUUAUGUUUAAUUGCUAUGCCUUUGCAUUGAGUUUUGAACUUUGUGGCAGAUUACAUUUGACCUUAAAACUGUUGAUUUUUAAGAGCGUGGUUGUUGAUUCUAAGACUUGCAGUCCUUUCACCCUUUCUGUGACAGAAGCUUACAUGAACAGCCAGUGUGUGGCGGGGUUGGGGGUGGCAGAAACAUAAAGAGAUUAAACACAUUGUAGAUUUGGUGAAAUUAUUUUGUUGUGAUUGAGCAUCAAAUACACUGUCUCACAUAAUCUUUCUGGAAUGUUGCCAACAGCAAAGCGUUACCAAGAAAAGAAUCCAUGGUUGAGAAAAGUAGAAAUGAGAUUAUUUUGAUGGCAUACUACUGCAUUCAGCAUUUUAUUUUCUUUGCAGGCAAGUAUUAUCUUGCUGACCGGGGAGGUCCACGUAAAAUAAUUGUUUAAGUGAAUGAUGAAGGUUUUCAUAAUCUUAGAUGGAUUUUUUUUAGAAGCAUAUAUUCAUAUACCUGUAGAUAAAAUGUGUAUAUAAUGCCAAAUUUAAAAUAAUUUUCCUCUUUCUAAAGUAUCAGCCUGUAGAGUUCAUUUUGAUGUGUUCCGUUUCUGCUCAGCCUCUUCCAAGUACCAUGCCUGUCUUUACUUGGCUGCUAUACUGUACAGCUUCUAGUUCCUCUCUUGUUCAGGUUCCAUACUGCUACUCACAUGACACUAAAUGAAGAAAAACUGUGAUGCCACGUAAUUUAUACAGUGAACCUAGCAGGGACUAAUAUUGCUUUAAAAAGAAA